AUGUCUUCUAGAAGCUCGACUAGUUCUAGCUUGGAUCCUAAAACCACAAAGGAUGAAAUUCAUGAACAGGAAAUAGAUUCUGUAUCAUCAACUGAAGAAAGCCAAAUUAACUAUGAUACUGGUGUCAUUAACAUCGAAGUAUAUUCAGAAUAUUAUUCGACUACGCAACGUAGAUUGCUUUUUUUCUUUUCCAUAUUUUUAACGACUUACUGUUACACCUUAGAUAAAAGAGUCCGUUCCACAUUUCAAACAGAGGCUACUUCUUCCUAUAAAAAUCAUUCGUUAAUGUCUACCGUAACCUGUAUUACCACUGUCAUAUCCGCUGCUGGACAAAUCGCUUAUGCAAGGGCUGCCGACAUAUUUGGUAGGACAUCCCUUGUCUUUACUGCCAUAUUCUUCUACGUCAUUGGAACAGUUGUUGAAUCACAAGCAACAAAUAUCACAAGGUAUGCUGUUGGGGCCUGUUUCUAUUCUUUAGGUCAUGCAGCCAUAGUUUUAGCCUUAGAGGUACUUGCCGCCGAUUUCUCUAAUUUGAACUACAGAAUAUUAGCGUCAGCAGCACCUAUGUUACCAAAUGUUAUCAAUACAUGGAUAAGUGGGAAUAUAACUAGUGAUAUUGGUGAUCAUUGGCAAUGGGGAAUAGGAAUGUGGGCAAUAAUCUUUCCAGUUUGUUGCAUUCCGUUAUUAUUUUGUUUAUUCCAUAUGAGAUAUUUAGCUCAAUAUAAACAUAAUAGAAGAGAAUUGAGAUCAUUCAGUACCAUACCACCAAAUAUGACUAGAAUGGAAUAUUUUAUUGAUGUGUUCUUCUGGAGAUUGGAUAUCUUAGGUCUUCUUCUGGGUGUGAUUUUCUUCGCUUGCGUAUUAAUCCCAUUCACAUUAGCUGCUAAAGCUACUGACAAAUGGAAAAGUGCUUCCAUCAUUGUGCCUGAAGUUAUAGGUUGGCUUGUAGCUCUACCUUUAUAUAUCUUUUGGGAAUGGAAAUUUGCAAAAUUCCCAUUGACUCCAUGGAAUCUAGUUAAAGACAGGGGUGUUUAUGGUGGAUUAUUAAUCGCAUUGUUCCUUGAUUUUGCUUAUUACGUUCAAAGUACAUACAAAUAUACGGUGUUACUCGUUUCAUUUGAUACUACUGUUUUGGCAGCUACCAGGACAAACAAUAUGUUCACAUUUGUAGGUGUGAUCACUGCUAAUUUGCUUGGUAUUUUUGUUGCCAAAAAGCUCAGAAGAACAAAGGGUUUUAUUUUCUUUGGCAUAUCAAUGUACAUUGUUUCCACUGGUUUAUUAUAUCGUUAUCGUAUUGGUGCUCAUGCUAAAGUUGGUACUAUCGUAGCCUGUUGUUUACUUGGGUUUGGUAAUGGUUUCUUGAAAUUUCCUGCUAGGGCAUCCAUUCAAGCAGCUGCCUAUACACAUAAGAACUUAGCUAUAAUAACAUCUUUAUUUUUAGCAUUGGGUAGUAUUGGUGAAGGUUUUGGUAGUAGUGUUGCAGGUGCCAUUUGGAGUAAUAGAAUGGAAGUUGAGUUGAGUAAAUACAUUAGCAAUCAAACAGCUGUUUCGUUAGCGUACGAGUCUCCUACCAAAUUCAUUAAAUCUUAUAAAUGGGAGUCUCCGGAAAGGAUUGGGCUAGUUCAAGCCUAUAGUCAUGUUACUAACAUAUUGUAUAUUGUUACCAUUUGUCUCUGCAUACCAUUGUAUGUAUUUGCCCUUCUAUUGAGAGAUAGAGAGUUAGCUGAUGUCGUUGCUUUCGAGCAACUUGACGGACAAGAUGAAAUCAUCCAAGAGAAGAAGACGGAGGAGGUGCCAAUAGGACAAACCAUAUUUCAAAAAGUAAAGAGUAAGCUAGUCAGCACACACCAAUAA